UGGAAAUCGGGUCAUGAUAAUUAAUGGCUUAACUGGCGAAAAACUGACCGCGAAUCAAUUAGUUACGAGGAGUUUUGUAGUUGCCAAAGCACUGUUAGCCGCAGGUAUCAAACCUGGAGAUGUUGUGUCAGUUGUUAGCGAGAAUAGAUUCGAAUUUCCGUACAUUUUGUUUGCAUCGAUCUUUCUGAAUUGUACUUGUGCGCCAAUCAACGCUACAUACAGUGAGAAGGAGUUAAAUCAUGCGUUCAACCUGUCGAAGCCCAAGUUCAUUUUUGCCAGUAACGCUACCAUCGACAGCGUUCAUAGAGUUGCUAGGUCCUUGAGUUAUGUGAAGAGGUUGAUUCUUAUCGAUAACGAACCAUCUCAGUCGUGGCAAGGUUUGACUGUUUGGAGAGAGUUCACCGAUCCGAAUCGUUUGCUCAAAGUAAAUUUUAGUCCACAGGCCAUAGACAAGUCGAAGUCGAUUUGUUUAAUUUUAUGCAGUAGCGGAACGACUGGAUUGCCGAAAGGUGUUCAGCUUAGCCAACAAAAUUUCAUCGUCGCCAUCCGAAACCGACAAUUACUGAUAUCAGGCGGAGUAGAACACGAAGUCCUUCUAGGUCUUUUGCCACUCUUCCAUGUUUAUGGCUGUGAGGUGUUGAUUUCAGUGAUGACAACCGUAACCGGAACGAUCAUUUUGUUGCCCAAAUUUGAGGAGCAAACAUUUCUCAGCUGCAUCGAAAAGUAUCGUUGUACAACAUUGUGUCUGGUUCCACCUUUGAUGGUUUUUCUGUCGAAAAGUGACAAUGUCGACAAAUAUGAUUUGAGCAGCGUCACAAUCAUUUACAGUGGGGCGGCACCACUUUCAAAAGAAACUGAAGAAGCUGUCAUGAAUCGUCUGCGCAAUCCAAAUGUCGUCAUUAAGAAUACGUAUGGAAUGUCCGAGCUCACAAGUGCUGUUCUAUCGCAAAAGAACGUAAAAAAACCGGGAAGUGUGGGUGAACUGAACUUGGGGGUUUAUGCUAAAGUAAUCGAUGAAACUGGCCAUUCUCUGGGUCCUAAUAAGCCCGGUGAGCUAUGCUUUAAAGGAAGUCGUGUGAUGGCGGGUUACAUUGGUGAUAAACAAGCAACUAGUGCACUUAUUGAUGAAGAAGGCUGGCUUCACACUGGCGAUAUUGGAUAUUACGAUGAAGACCUUCAGUUCUAUGUAGUUGAUAGAAUUAAAGAGUUGAUUAAGUGGAAUGGAUUUCAGGUGCCACCAGCAGAACUUGAGGCCACUCUCCUCACUCAUCCAAAAAUCAAGGAUUGUGGAGUGAUCGGGAAGCCGGACGAAAAGGUUGGCGAAGUGCCCGUAGCAUUUGUCGUUAAAUUGGACAACAGUUUAACCGAAAAGGAAGUAAUAGAUUUCGCAGACAAGGAUGCGUCUCCAGCAAAGAAACUUAGAGGUGGUGUGAUUUUUGUGGACGAGAUCCCGAAGAAUCCGUCCGGGAAAAUACUGCGACGGCAACUUCGAGAUCACCUUUCGAAGUUACUGUUAAAGUCGAAGCUUUGAUAUACUGAUUGGAAUUGUUGCGCCAUUGUUUUAACCCUUAGGAGACGUGUUGUUUUAAUACAACAAUUUCAAAAAAUUUUGUACUGAAAUACAACAAAAAUGCAACAAUGCAACACUUUUGG